CUGACGAUAGAGUUUUUGCACCAUGAACAUCGAAUUUAAUUUUGAAGGUGUGGCUCAUCACAUCCUUCCUCCCAUUCUAGGAGGACUUGGUGUUGUCUUUUUAGCCGGUGGCGGAUUCACCAUCACUAUUCCUCCAAACGCUAGUAUGAAUCUUACUGUGACUGCUGUGGACGGAGGAAACACAGAGAAACGACUUACUGGAUUAUAUAAUCUAUGUGGUGGUAUCGAAGUGAAUGUCCGCUACCGAUAUUCAAUCGCUGUACAUCCAAAUGGUAAUCCGCUUGACGUUAUAGUUGCUCGACGGUAUGCCAUCGAAGCUGGCGGUCAGUUCUUAGUGCAUUACCGUACAAAUGAUGUGGAUGAGACAAGACACGAGGAUGAUCCAGUGAUUGAUCUAGGACAUCUACCUCAUGGUUGAUUGCUGUUUUUUUGUGUCUGUAACACAUUUAAGUAAUUGUUAGUAAGCCACAUAUCCUAAUAAAUGCAAAACCAUAGUUUCACAUGAGACCUACUAAUCUUUAUUACUUUGCAAACUACAUAGAGAAUCACUCAAAAUCAAUUUUUCAUUUACUU